GCUCAGUUUAAUGACAGAUGAAAGGAGCAUUCUGUGCCUGUUGCAGAGACAUGCUAAAGGCGCACACAUUGCCCCCUCCUGGUAGUGUUUGGGAUAGCAUUCCUGUGAUGACGUGGCAGUCGGGGUGGCUGAUGUGACGGGGUCCCACGUCACGGCGAGUUUCCACUGAUCGACGGACAGAGGUGUCGCAGCCUAAACUGUCCCCGCUUCAUUUCCCCUUCUCCUGGUUCCCGCUCACAGCCGCGAUGCUGUGGUCCUGCUGCUCCGCCUGGAAAUCCUGAGCCAAGACUCUGGAAGGCGACCCAACCCCGCCGAGGGACUGUUACCCGUCCCUGCUGGACCCCAAAGCCCUGUCCCAGGCCUGUGCCCCAGAUGGGUUGAUGCCGGAGAGUGGAUACUGGCAGCUCUGCCCCGCCAAGCCCCUCCAGGGGGGGCUGUUGAGCUCCAGUUUCCCCCCGGGCCCGUUGCCUCUGGCGGCCGAUGGGUCGUCGGUGGAGGACCCUCUGGCCCCGCCCCCUUCGGCGGCCCCGCCCCCUGCCGGGCCCUUGGCCCCGCCUCCUCCGCCCCCGCCCAAACGGCACUGCCGCUCGCUGUCGGUGCCCGAGGACCUGUCGCGCUGCCGCUACACCUGGCGCCCGAGCGCGUCCAGGGUGUGGACUCCGGUGGCGCGGCACUGCCCCGGGGCGGCGGUGGGCGGAGCCGCGGCGGUGGGCGGAGCUGUGGCGGGAGCGGUGGGCGGGGCCUGCUCCUCUCUGAACUCUUCGCUGCACUCCUCCUCCAGCCCCACCUUCUUCAGCCUGGCGCUGUCGCCGGACUCUCCGUUACCGUGGAGCUUCCCGUGGGAGGAGGCGGGGGGCGGGGCUUGCUGCUGCUUCUUCCCGUCGCCCUCGUCGUGCUCGUCGUCUCCUUCGCCGCUGCACCCGCCCCCUCCGCAGCGCCGCUUCUCUCUCUCUCCCGUGCUCAUCAGAGACUCGGGCCUGUUUCUGCCUCCUCCGGUACCGCCCCCCGCGCCUCAGGCUCCGCCCCCCGCCUCGGCGUGCAGCACGCCGUCCUCUCUGCGCCGCAGUCUGCCCCCCGCCCCCCGCUGCCACUCCCAGCCCUGCGACCUCCUGCUCCUCAAGCCCGGACUCAAGAGGAGACGAGACCCUGACCGACCCCCCGGGAGGCCGGGGCUGGACUUCACCAAGAUGACCCAGACCCGGAGCAUGGACCCUGGCUUCUGCCUGGAACGCGGCCGGCUGGGUUCCUUCUCGGGCGGGGACGUGUGCAUCUCCAUGGAGCCGUUUUUGGGGGAUUUCCGUGGUUCGUGUUCUCCGGCUGAACUUUUGGGGCGCAGCAGCAUCGGUCCUUUGAGCGAGAGCGACGAAGAGUGCCCCGAAAACCCCGACGAAGAGGAGGAGGAAGAGGAGGAGGAGGGAGAGGAGCGAGAGACGAACGCUCCGCCCGUGUUCGAACGCGACUGUACAGAACUGGACCUAAACCUUAUUGAGGAAAACUGACCCGAACUUUAUUUAUACAUUUCUACAGUGAUUUGAGAGGUGCAGGCGGCAAGCAAUGUCUGCUGUUCAAAAAUUACAAGGUCAAACACGACCCCGGCCAAGGCACUGCACUGGUCUCACAUUGGAAAGGCUCUACACAAAACUACAAUGCAUCACAACACUGAC